AUAAAAAAAAAAAAAAAACCCCAAUAUUUCUGAGUCCACUCGCUGACUCAGAACCAAAACUCGACCAACACAAAUUGCACAGGCACUGCAUUAAUUCGCUAUUACUCAAUUAACCAAAGUUAAAAGACACUUACCAAAAAUAAAAAAAUAAAAAGUUAAAAGACAAAAAAUAAAACCCUAAAAUUUUUUUCUCCCUAUAUAUUAUGCCCUAGGCCUCCAUUUGUUUCUCGAAACUCCAUAACUGAAUAAGACCAUGCUCUCUUCUCUUCCUAUUCCGACCUCUUUCUCCGGUUUUGAAAUUUCUCCUUCAUCACCUUCCCGUGCCAGGUUCCGACCACCUCUGGCCGCUGCCACCACCACCACCGAUACUUACACUUCGAAACAAGAGAAAGGUUCGACGAGCGGUUAUCUAAGCCGUCCAGCAAUGGCAGCGUGCACGUCGCUCUAUGAGGUGCUAGGGAUUUCCGUCGGUGCUUCGAGCCAGGAAAUCAAGGCGGCGUACCGCCGAUUGGCAAGGGUUUUUCAUCCUGACGCUUUAGCAAUUGAUCGGAAAGAUUCAUCGGCCGACGAGUUCAUGAAGAUCCACGCGGCUUACAGUACAUUAUCGGAUCCCGAGAAACGAGCCGUAUAUGAUAGUAAGCUUACUUGGAGACGCCAACGGCCGUUGACUUCGGCUUCUAGUUUUGCGGGAUAUAGGGGGCGGAAUUGGGAGACCGAUCAAUGCUGGUAAACGAGUUGACUCUCUCUCAAUCAAGCUACCGAGUUGGAAGUUGAACUCAUUAAAUAUAUCUCAGAAAAAACAAAAACUAAUUUACAAACUAGAGAAAAAAAUGGCCGGAGGGUUUUGCGGCAGAAAUCAGAGCCGUUAUUGUGCCACGUAAGAGUUCCGCUCUCUUUUUCGCCUACCAGUUUGGCUGAUGCACAAAAGACUUUCUUUGUACUGUUACAGCUAUUAAAAUCAUAAUUACGAAAAGAAAAACAAAGCUUUUGUUA